AUUCUAGGAGGGGCUCAGAAGAUGCCUUAAAGGAUACACUCUUUGUCCUCCUCUCAUCUAGACAAAAAAAUCUUUCUCAGUAGUCGACAGUGUGUGGAUUAAGAUAUUAAGACGAGAAAGAGCCAAAAGGUACGUGGAGUGAAUGAAUCCUGCUGGGAGUACUCUCAAGGCACAGCCUGUGUCCUCCACCACCAUCUGGACUUGCUGUCAACGAGAGAAGGUUGGAGAUUUUAUCUACUGUGAGUCUACCCAAGCAGAAGGAUAUUAUCCUGGUAUGUCAGAAGCACAGUGGGAUACUGCCCUGCGCACAAGCGAUUGCCCACAGAGCAGAACUAUAAAAAAACUGUUGCAAUUGACAGGGCAUUGAAAUGUACAAGAGGAACCAAAAGAACUGAAAGCAUUGAUUCCCGACACAUUAAGGGAGAUAUUACUUGGACGGGUGCAAGAAGGAGAAGCCAACACUGAUUUUUACUACCAAGGCCUUUUAGUCCCUAUACAAGACCCCUUCAGUAUGACCCCUUUGACAAGUCUGCAGUUAGAUAUCAACAUCACAAACUUCACUCUUCAAGGCGCCUUAGAGGUAAAGUCUAAUGAAACCGUCAUUCAUAUUGAGGUCCCUAAAGGGGUCUUCUUGUUCCUGUGCUUUCUCAGCCUGCUGGAGAACAUCUUGGUGGUUGUGGCUAUUGCAAAAAAUCACAACCUUCACUCUCCUAUGUACUAUUUUAUCUGCUGCCUGGCUGCGUCAGAUAUGUUGGUCAGUAUCAGCAACUUAAUAGAGACUGUAAUCAUGAUCCUUCUUCUCCAUGGCAUCAUAGAACAUAAUAUACCCAUGGUCAAAAUGAUGGAUAACAUUGUCGAUACGAUGAUUCUCUGCUCUUUAGUGACGUCUCUUUCAUUUCUUGGAGCUAUUGCUGUGGACCGCUAUGUCACAAUCUUUUACGCUUUGAGAUACCAUAAUAUUAUAACCCAGCAUAGGGUGAUCUGCGUCAUUACUGGGAUCUGGAUGGCCAGCAUAGCUUGCAGCAUUACAUUCAUAGUGUUUUCACACAGCAGUGUCGUAAUUUGGUGUCUUAUUGUUUUUUUUAUCUUUAUGUUGGUCUUAAUGUUGGGUCUCUACAUCCACAUGUUUGUUCUAGCAAGAAAACAUUCCCAGAUUAUUAUGUCUCAACAAAAAGGAGCACGAAGGGGAUUCUCACCACAUCAAGCAGCUGCCAAACUCAGAGGAGCUAUAACAUUAACUAUGCUGCUUGGUAUCUUCUUUCUGUGCUGGGGACCCUUUUUCCUCCACCUCACCCUAUAUGUGUCCUGUCCAAAGCACCCUUUCUGCCUCGAAUACUUCAAAUAUUUCAACAUCAACUUUGUUCUUAUGAUAUUUAACUCUAUUAUUGACCCUAUUAUCUAUGCCUUUCGAAGUCAAGAGCUGAGAAAAACCCUGAAGGACAUUGUAUUGUGUUGUUCCCAGUGACAGUACAAGGGGAUGGGGGAACGAAGAAGCCAAACGAACAUAUGAAUGUCCGGUCAGAGUACCCUCCUUUAUCCAAAAUUCUACUUUUGACAUAUGGGAUGUAAAUAACAUGAACCUCAAACGUUAUUCAGGUAUGGACAGAGAUAAAGCUACUACCAAUAAACUACUCAUGGUUAGCAAUAAAUUUUGGUCUGUCUAAUCUGUUUUCAAAAGAACUUUUUAGCCCAGAUGAUGCCAGUUACUAAGCUAUGAGAGAGGAGAGUCCCCUGUGUAUAAGAACAAUCUGAGUAUUGAUAUGGCCCAUUGAUCAGUCUGAUCAUAUUUUAGAGUGGGAGGGACCAUCUAAAUCACCUGUAUGAUAGUGUGACAGUCACAUAAUGUCAAAAAUCAUAAUAAAGUCCUGUAGCUUUUACUUGCUGCUUACUAUAAAAUUGAAAUAAAUAGGAGCAUGAUUAGAUUGUGAGCCCCAGUGGGGACAGUGAGUGAUGAUGACAAACUACGCUGCAGGAAAUGUUGGCUAUAUAUAUAGAUAGAUAUAUAGAUAUAAAAAUACAUUUAUUUGAAGAAAUGAUUGUUUUAUAGUUAUUAAAUACGUAAAACCAUAUUUUGAACUAAGAUUGUAUUGUAUUGUAUAUUU